CCGACUCGAAAAUAAAACCCAAUUCACCGGAUCCAGUUGAAAACCGACAAUAGACACUGCCUGCCCGUAAGGCCGUAAACACCAGCGAAGGAUUUUAAGCCAAUCGAUUUUUUCUUUUCAUCGUCUUCCUCGUUUCGGAGACUGCAGUCAACUCUGUCCAGGUUUGAGAGCCAUGAACUGGGUUCAGCGCAAGAUCUAUCUGUAUAAUGUCACUUUUGGUCUCUACAUGUUGGAUUGGUGGGAGCGUUGCCUUUUCAAUACUCUGGUGGUGGUGCUGAUGUGGUUCAUUUUCUACAAUGGAUCGCGAUUUGUGACCGAGUUCUGUAAGAGGUUUAAUUGGAUCUUCAUGAGCAAGCAGUGGCUCCCAUAAUAUCUCUGGCAUCUCUGGUGAAGCUCAAGCUCAGAUGUCAAUUUGGAUGGUCAAAUUGUACUGGUCGUGUAGAAUGUUCGAGUGUUGUUGCCAUGUCUAAUUAAUUCACUUGAAAAGUUCCGUUGUGGUUCUUUAUAUACUAUACUGUACACAUUGUAAUGAUCAUUUAUAUCCUUCUCUUGAGGAUUUGAGACUUUCACUUUGUAUGUUAGUAUUCUAAUUUUUCUUCUCA